GCCUCGUCUCUUCUAAAACCCCACCCACCUCCCGAACCCUAGCGCGCCGCCACUUCGCUCCGGCACCCUCUCCUCCGGCUCGCCACCUAAGGUAGGGUAAGCAAUGGUGAAGCACAACAACGUCAUCCCCAAUGGGCACUUCAAGAAGCACUGGCAAGACUAUGUCAAGACCUGGUUCAACCAGCCUGCCCGCAAGCAAAGGCGCCGCAUCGCUAGGCAAAAGAAGGCUGUGAAGAUCUUUCCACGCCCCACUGCUGGACCACUUCGCCCCAUUGUUCAGUGCCAGACACUUAAGUACAACAUGAAGUCUAGGGCUGGGAGGGGCUUCACCCUUGAAGAGUUGAAGGCAGCUGGGAUUCCCAAGAAGCUUGCCCCAACCAUUGGUAUUUCAGUGGAUCACCGCCGCAAGAAUCGCUCACUUGAGGGUCUGCAGUCCAAUGUUCAGAGGCUGAAGACCUACAAGGCCAAGCUUGUGAUCUUCCCAAGACGUGCACGCAAGGUCAAGGCUGGUGACUCCACCCCUGAGGAACUUGCCACAGCCACCCAGGUCCAGGGCGAGUACAUGCCUAUUACACGUGGCGAGAAGCGCUCGAUUGAGGUUGUCAAGGUGACAGAUGAGAUGAAGGCAGUCAAGGCCUAUGGCAAGCUCCGUAUGGAGCGUACCAACAAACGCCACAUGGGUAUCCGGCAGAAGAGGGCUGCCGAGGCUGAGAAGGAAGAGAAGAAGUAAACGGUUGAUCUGUGGCACCAAAAAUAGAUGUUCUGUCCAAGAGUUUAUCAUUAGCUUCUGUUGUGGGACUGGCGUUUUGAUGUUGCUAUUUAUAUACUGUUUUGAGAUCGUUGAAGUGAACCAAACUAAGUGAAUACUAUCUUAAGAUGAAUUCAGUAUUUGGCUGCAUGUACAUGUGGUUCUGCACA